UUGCAUUAGUUCAUUUACAGCCCUACCUAUCGUCCGCAUAUCCACGCAAAUUUUACAAGUAGAAAUCAGGUGUUUGGGGCGACCCCUACGCCGUGUCUGCUGCGAACCAGUUCUUGGUGGCGAUACGGGGAAAAGAGAACAAGUAGAAAUCAUGUGUGCGAUUUCAUGGGCUCAGCCUUUCCAACUCUCAGAUGUUCCUCUCCGUACCAAAACAUCCAUCCCAGCUUCAAAAAUCCACUCCGCCCUUUUAGCUUCGAUGGAUAGGAAGCACUCACAACACAGACGCAGAAUUCUUUUGAAAUCAGCAAGAAAGGAGUCAGACACCACCGAAAGUUACCAAAUUGCAGACAAUAAACUCGCUGGAUCUGAAAAUGCAAGCAGCACGUCAAAUAGUUUUUUAUCAGUUCUCUGCCCCCUUCUCAAGUUCUUCGGGGGUGGAGAUCCUUCAAGAGAACGAAAUGAAUUCUUAGAGGUCACAACAUCUUCAUUGUCUAGUGUGGCAAGGCUUCCAUGGGGUUCAAGAUCAUUAACUGGCACCGUACACAGCCAAAAUCCACCCAUGUUGCAGGUUUAUGAGUUUGAGGCUUGCCCGUUUUGUAGGAGAGUGCGAGAGGCCAUGACUGAACUGGAUCUUUCUUCAGAGGUCUAUCCUUGCCCGAAAGGAUCAAGAAGGCACCGAGAAAUAGUCCGAAAAAUUGGGGGGAAGGAGCAGUUUCCGUUUCUCAUUGACUUAAAUAAUGAUGUUUCAAUGUAUGAAAGUGGUGACAUUGUAAGGUACUUAUUCCAGCAGUAUGGACAAGGAAGAUCUCCAUCAUUUGGUCUUUUGGAGAGCACACCAUUGACAGGAUGGGUGCCUACACUUCUUCGAGCCGGAAGAGGUAUGACAUUGUGGGACAGGACUGUAAUAGAUCCACCUUUAAAGAUGAUGGAACUUUUCUCUUAUGAAAACAAUCCAUUUGCAAGGAUUGUUCGUGAAGCAAUAUGUGAAUUAGAACUCCCUUAUGUCCUCCACAAUGUGGGAGAGGGGUCAUCAAACACAGAGUUGCUCGUGCAAAUAUCUGGUUCUAAUAAGGUACCAUUUCUUGUUGAUCCCAACACUGGGACUCAAAUGGGUGAUUACAAGAAGAUACUAUCUUAUUUGUUUCAGACAUACUCUGCUGCGAGCUAAACUCUAAGCAUAUCGUUUGUCUAAUCAAAUCUGUUGUUGAUAUAUAAAUUUCUCAAGUAAUUAGUCUUCUUCUUUAUGGAUGUGUGGAAGCUCCUUUUCUUGUUUUAGAUU